GCUAUAUUUAUCACGCUCAAUUAUUAGACUUUGCCUGCUACUUCGAUGUUUGUUCGAGAUUAUUUUCCCGUGAUGAGUGGAAAGUUUGUGUUCGCCCAUUAAAGUAGAAGUAUAGUUGUCCUCACCAUCCAAGUUUUGUUCAAUUACUCACAUGUCUUUUACUGCAGUUGCAUACAAUUUUUUCUCUUACAGGUUGUACCCAUCUUAUGAAUAUACUAAGAAGGAUUUUGCUCACAAGGGACCCCUGAGUAGGCUUGUUACCACGACCCACCCCUCCAACCCGUUCAACAAAGUCGACAAAUGGAACUCGCGACCGAAGAAGCUGUGUAAACGAGCUAACCAUUCAAAAUUUGUGUAACAAGCUUCAUGCAUUUGUUUUGUACGGCUCACCCGGCCGAUUAGAAUAUAUUAGCUUUGGAGACAAUCUUCCUUAGGUACACAAAGAAUUUAACAUUUUAUUUUAACAUUUGAAAAUACGACAAGCAACUUUAUAUCUUCCGUUUAGUUUCUUCCUAUCAUAGCAGAUCUGCUAGAAAAGUCCCCGCGGAAACUAUCCCAGGGCAUUGCAUUCGUAAAUAUAUAGAAUAUCUUUUAUAUCUGUAUGGAAAACGCUCGAGAAAUAUGAGUAGCAAAGAUGUAUCAAUAAAGAGCAGACCGAAACUGACAUAAAACAAAUAACGUUUUAAUAGUAGCGUUAAUGCCGAAGCCACUAUUUCCAGCUAACAAAACCGUGCAAAUUAAAUGCAGGAAGUUCGCAGAAAUUGUUUUGGCACGGAAAGUAAAUGUUAUUGACCGAUUUGAAAUUUUCUAAGCAAAAUUUUCAUUUUAUUAAGAUUGCACCAAACGCGAGGAAACUGUCAUUUUCGUUUCAAAAUGUUUUGUGGACGUGCUUUGAUGACCGUCAAUAGAAUUGAAUCGUUUAUUCUUGAAAGCUGAACAAAUACUGUAAAGUAAAAAGAGUCUACAGUUCAUUGCUAGGGAUUUCAUCGUGUAAUCUUAAUGGGUAUUCACUUUAAAGAUACUUAAAGUUUCAAUACCAUAUUCCAUUGUUUCAAAACAUAAUAAGUCUACAAAACCACAAAGAGGUACUAAAUUUAGUUUUAACGGCGGUAUAUAUUGCGGCAUUAUCUGGUCCAAGUCAACGCAUCGUUUUACUCCAGUCAUAGCGCAGAAAUGGCACAAUGCAAUUCAAGCGAAUGGAAUGAGACUUUGGUGAAUUCUUCCAGCCAGACUCAAUCUUCCAUGAACUGUUUCUAUGUUGAUUACAGCCAGAGCGCGGUUGAGAAUUUCUACAGCACGUAUAUUUUGAGCAUCGUUUUGAACUCUGUUUGUGCGGUGCCAGCGAGCGUGUUAAACAUUUUGGUGAUGGUCGCCGUGUGGAGAACAUCUCAACUGCACACUCCGUCGAAUUUGCUGCUCUGCAAUUUAGCUCUGACCGACCUUGGCGUGGGAUUUUUCGUUCAACCUGUUUUUGUGGCUCACAAAAUCGCUGCUAUGUGUGGUAACAUAAAGCUUCACUGCAUAGCUUCACUCGGCAGCAAGACGCUCGCUUCAAUACUGGGCGCAGUUUCUCUAACCACGCUCACGGCUAUCAGUAUCGACAGGCUAUUGGCUCUUGUCCUCAGCGUACGUUACCGUACUGUGGUCACCAUUCGAGUGACUGCCAAGAUAGUGGUACUACUCUGGUUAUUAGGAAUUAUCUUAUCCAUCCCUCUCUUCAUUGACCCGGUUAGUUUUUUGUACUGCAUGAUCUUUUUGCUAGCACUUUGCUUAACUGUAACCACUUUAGCGUACGCUAAGCUAACCCGUUUGAUUCAUCAACACCAAACUAAAGUUGAGGUAGAACUCCACACUGGAGAAUUACAAAGUCAAGAACUGGCCGAAGCAUCAAACAUUGCCAAAUACAAGUCUUCCAUUCGCACUGUUGUCAUGCUGGUCUUUCUAAUGCUGCUGUUUUACUCGCCAUAUCUUGUGCUAAACAUUGUGUUGGUCGUGGUACAAUCAAAUGAUGAGCGUUUCAAAGCAGCAUUCAACAUCACUCACACCAUUCUGUUCAUGAAUUCGCUGGUAAACCCAGCGUUUUACUGCUGGAAGAUAAGACGCAUUCGUAACGCCAUUACAGAUAUGCUACCGAGCAGAUUCCAGGAAUGACGAGUGCUGUUAAAAACUAAAAAAAUCCCACAUCACUUUUCGAAAAAUAGUGGAAAACAGACAGUACCACAUGUAAGUACUGUGCAAUAGCCUUCAUUUGAAUGGCUACAAACUAGGGUUUUAUCCCAGAACAUAAGGAAAACAAAGUACUUUAACUGGGUUAAGGUAACUGCUUUCUUCAAGGAACACGGGCGAAAAAAACGAAAGCAAACAAUUCAGUAAACCAGCACUGUCUGAAUGUGUGGCAUAAGACGAUUUUAUUUUAUGAGAGCAAAAUUGGAAAUUUCAGUAGCAGCCUUCUUUGCCAGAACUGAGGAUCAACCGUACUGCAAAUUGCCAAAGAAGUUUGAAUUUAAAACUGAAGAAACAUUAAACAUUAAGUUUCAAGACACUGAACAGAUGUCAAAGUAUAUGACAAGUCUCGCUUAUUCGCCUGUUUGUUUUCAAUUAUUUCAGAGAUAACCAAUCUAUGGUCUUUAGAUAUGAAGUUGGUAGACUGAGCACAUCUGCUUGUAUUUGAAAGGAAAUCAUUAUUUGAUUGUGACUUGAUUGACCGUUUAAGAUCUUGCAUUAUAACAUAACUAAAGCAAAGCGCGCGCUCUGAUUGGUUAAUUUAGCGUCUACUAUUUGCCCAUGGGUGUAUG